CGACCAGACACCCAGCCACGAUGGCAGGAGGCGCUCUUUCAAAACACGUGCUGAGACACAGGAGAUUUGCCUUGCCAUAUAUUUUCUUGCAGCCUCUUGAUCACAGUACUGUGAAGUGGCCUGCAGACACAUGGCAGCGAGCAGUGUAUGGUUUGAACAGCUUAAAGUGGCCUGCAGACACAUGGCAGCGAGCAGUGUAUGGUUUGAACAGCUUAAAGUGGCCUGCAGACACAUGGCAGCGAGCAGUGUAUGGUUUGAACAGCUUAAAUUGUCUGCAAACACAUGGCAGUGAGCAGUGUUAUGGUUUGAACAGCUUUAAGUGGCCUGCAGACACAUGGCAGCGAGCAGUGUAUGGUUUGAACAGCUUAAAGUAAGUAAUCAGACCUCUAUUUUAGUAUUCAGUUUAUUUGCAAUAGUGUUUUUUCUUACAAUAUUAGGAAUUACUGAAUUUAUUUUUUUUUACUAGCCCUAGGAAAAAUGGAAUAUGCCUUACAUAGAUUAUUGAAAUUCUUAUGCA